ACCUUCAAGCGAGCGUGUGUGCAGCAGUAUACCAUUACUGCACCUUGGACUUACAUAGGAAGUGAUUUAUUAACAGUUUGUGUCGUGAUUCAUUCACAAUGCCGCGUCCUUCCCGUGAGAGCUACGGCGACCAGAAGCCGCCCUACUCGUACAUCUCCUUGACGGCCAUGGCCAUCUGGAACAGCCCCGAGAAGAUGAGCACGCUGGCCGAGAUCUACAAGUUCAUCAUGGACAACUUCCCCUACUACCGCAAGAACACGCAGCGCUGGCAGAACUCCCUCCGCCACAACCUCUCCUUCAACGACUGCUUCAUCAAGAUCCCGCGGCGCCCCGACCGCCCCGGCAAGGGCGCCUACUGGACCCUCCACCCGUCCGCCAUGAACAUGUUCGAGAACGGCAGCUUCCUCCGCCGUAGGAAGCGCUUCAAGAUCCCCCGCGACGAGAAGGACGCCCUCGAGGCCGGCAUGACGUCCUUCGGCGGCGGCCCGCGACAGGAGGAGCUGGCGUCCGGCAUGCCCCGCGACCUGGGCCACAUCGCACAGGAGCUGGGUCAGCACCUUGGCCACCUGGGUCACUUCGCCUCGCCUGCGCCGCCCUCGGGCCCGUCGGCGCCCAAGCGCCAGGCCUUCACCAUCGAGAAUCUGGCCACCAGCGACGCCCGCCCCAGCCCGCCCGCCCCGCCCAUCCCUGUCCUCCUUCUUGCCGCCCAUGGGCGUCGGGAUGGGCCAGCAGCACAUCCAGGCCCCAACCCACCCGCACCACCCCGCCCACCAGGUGGGUGAGGUGCACCUCGUGCCCGUCGUGCGUGGGCGCUUCCCUGCCUCAGCUAUACACCGCCGCCCCUCGCCAUGAACAUGAGUCCUCGCGCGCCCACGCCCCUGUACCCGCCCGCCGCUGCUGCACAGCCUGCGCCCCGACCUGCUGCAGCCGCGGCCGCGCUUCGAGCACGAGCUGAGCCCGCUGUUCGAGCCCGCGCCGCCGCUGGCCAAGCUCGACCCGUACGAGGCGUUCGCGCCCAAGUACGAGCAGCCCAUCGACCUGUCGCCGGCGCUGGCGCGGCCACCGGCGGGCAGCGAGAAGGAGAACGCCUUCCGCUUCUCUCCGCCCGUCAGGACCCUCUAAGGGCGCCCUCCGAGGCCAUGCGGGAGGCGCCCUCCGGCUCCUUCGUCGGGAGCCCUGGGGUCGCGCGGCCCUCUGGCGGCAGCGCGCACAACCAGAGCCUGCCACCACCCUGUGAUACUUGCUCAGCUAUAUCUAUGUAUAUAUUUAUUUGUAUAUAUUUAUCUUAUUGUUGUUAUCUGAUAAUAAUAAAAAUCAUAUC